GAUGGGAGAUCCCCAAGGAAUGCCAGGAUCCUUAUGCAGAGGCAGGCAAUGGCAAAGCACCUCUGUUAGUCUACUGAAAACUGAGUUGCCGUAAAUCGGCUGCGACUUCACUUUUACACAUGCAUCUACCAUACCUGCAAAGGCCAGGAGAGAGCGCAGCAAGCUAGGCAUGAACUACAACUCCCAGAAGACUUUGGUUUGAAGGAUGCGUUCAGCAUGGCGGUAGCUAAGAGCACUUCAGACUCGGAAAGCAGCGGCAACGAAGAGCGGGAGCGGUUGCGAGAAGCCGUAUGGGAUGUUGCACCACAGCAAGUGGCGGCUUGUCUAGAGUCUUCAGAUGGUAACAUUUCGAAGAGCAAGCUGCCAUCAGCUGUGUCUAGUAUCAGACGUAAGGUCAGUGAUCAUGAACAGAAUCAGAAUGAACUGCAGACUACUCCAGAAUUCCGAGCACAUGUUGCAAAGAAGCUGAGAUCCAUUCUGGAUAGCUCUAUCACCAUCUCGGAGCCCAUGUUGGGAUGUGUGCAGACUUGCACAAAAGCCUUGGAGGCAGAUGAUGACAGCUUUCGCCUCUUUUCCUCAUCUAUCCCAGGAGCAGAUGAGAAGGCAGAACCUUCACCCUUGCAAAAGAAACAGCCGCAGCAUUCCAGCUCCAGUGAGACCGAUGAAGACCAAGAAUGGCAGAGGUGCCAAGAGGCUGCUGUAUCAGCAGCAGAUAUUCUAAAGCGAAGUGGCCUGCAGGCAUCGUUCCUGGAGCUCAGCAAUGAUCGCACAGGCCAAACCACAGAAUCCCACCAGAAGAAGAAGAAGAAGAAGAGAAAGAAGAAGACAAAAGUGAAACAAGAGAGUGACAAUGAGAAGGUCAUAAUAGAAAAGCCACAUAAGAGGGUCAGUGUUUGGACUGAGGAGCCCUCAUACCUUAAUGGGGCACAUGAAAGGGAAACUCAUGUGACCACAGAGGACAGUGGGCUUUCUAAAGAGGUAAUGGUGAUCAAGAAAAAGAAGAAGAAAAGGAAGAAGAAGAAAAGGAAGAAGAUGGAAGCAAGGACUUAACAGGAGUACCAUCUAUGAGUGGCAGAAUAUGGCUCUUGAUGGUGUGUCCCAUGGUCAGAGGAAACACAGGCAUCAAGCUUUGUAUUGUAUAGCCUCGAAAGACUGGGGACCACCCCUACUGUGCAGGACAUUUAUAUUAUGAUAAGAGUUCUCCUGUGAAUAUUUUGGAAUGAAGGAAUUUGCAUUCCAAAUAAAUAUUGAGUAGUAUGUUGAGACACCCAGAGACAACUGUCCUGAAUUGCAUGGAAAUCCCAAGACCCAGAGCAGCCUGCCUAAGCUAUAACCCACCAUGCUGAAUCCAGCCUUUCUGCUGAGUAUCAGGCUUGCUGGGCAUUUGCUCCUUAUUUUUACAUUUCUAAGUUAGCAUACAGGUGGUUUAUGGAGCCCCUCAGCGUACAUGGCUAGGUGAUUUAUGUUCAGCUUGGUGAAUCACAAAUUGUGGAGCAACUGUCAGAUAUACUGUCAAAUUGUGAUAUACUUACAAAUUGUGGAGCAACUGUCAGAUAUACUGAUCCCCAGGCUUACAAAAAACUGCUGCAUGCGGUAGAAAAAUGUCUAUGGAAAAUUUUUUGGGAACUCAUAGAUUCUCUCCCUCCCGUUUUUUGCAGCUGAGUUCACUUGAGACCUGAGUUCAUUUGAGAUCUAGUUCCGUUGUUGUUUCAGAGUUAGCUCUUCUUUUCAUUUCCCUGCCACCACUCUCAGAUUUAAUUCACUUGCUAGUAAAUCUAUGAAAGUCUGAUAAAAGUGUCUUCUCUCAGUCUCUUUAAAUGCAGACAGGAACCACCUUGCCCUGCCUUCCGUUCACCUUUGCCACUGGUGGUAAAGCACACAGAGCUGCCCUAGUGGCUCACAGAAAAUAUAGUUUUCAGUAGUGCACCAAGCACCCUUAGGUUUUGCAAUAUUUGUUCAGCCACAAUGUUCCAGACGAUUUCCAUCUCUUAAGGAAAGGAUGGCCACUUCCAAUAGAAUGCUUGCUAAACUGGUGAUCAAAACCAUAUUCUGCCACCUUGCCUGACAAAUUCUCAGACUCUGUAAUUGGGGCUGUCAAGAAAGAAUGGGCAUCAUAGUUAACAGAGCACAAAUGCUCAGGCAUAGUCAGGGAGUUACAGGCAAAAUCCAAAGAGUUCUGUGAAAAUGUGGACUAGUGUCUUGUGACCAGAAAAUCUUUUUUCUUUUCUUUUAGGAGUGAAACAGUAAUCAAAAGUUCUAGCAUGUUAUGGUUAAAAAUUGACAAGAUUUUGAGAGGCCAGAUGAAAUUGCUUUGGGGCAGAACUGCAUUUUCUUGGGGAUAUUUUCAAGUCCAUGAUCUGGCAGCAUGCUUCAAAACCCUGGGAAAGGCAGAAGAGAGCUUAUUAACAUCUGGUACUGCCAAUCCACGAAAAGCAUAGGGUAUAUUGCCUGCUGUGUGGGCAGUGAUUGAUAGAUGUGUCAUUCUUAAUCUUCUGCCAAUCAGACACACGGGGAGAAGCCUCUGAUUUUCCUGAGAGCUGUUGGUGCCUCUUUAAGGAGCCCUGCUUUACAUAAAUUUAGAACGGUACAAGAGGGGGCGUAGGAGGAAAUGCACAAGAAAGAAAAUCCCUUCAGCCCCACUUCCUCCCCACCUUUAGCUCUUUCUGACCACAUAGUUUCUCCCAUUUUCACUCCUCCCCAGCCUCCCAAUUGCCCAUUAUCACCCCACCGGAUAUUGUAUAGUUUUAUUUCUGUAUAAUCUGUACCUGCAAAUGUAGCGGGGAAAGAGAAAUGACCUUAAAAGCUUAUCUUUGGUUACCUGAUAAAUAAGAAAAAUACACAAUGGUCUGGUUGACAGA